AUGUUGAUGGGUAUAGAAUCAUGGAUAGCUUUGGGAGCACAAAAAAUAAUAUUUCCAAUACAAUCAGCCUCUGCUGAUACUGUUUUAAUUUUGAAAGAGUAUGAACGCAUUGGGCCUUUACUUUCCGAUGUAAAUCCGAAUGGUUUAGUAUUGUCUAGAGGCAUUGAAGAAUCCCAUGUUAAUUGUUUACAUUUUGUUAAACCGUUUGCUGAGAUGGUUGUUUUUACGGAUAUUGAUGAUAUGUAA